AUGUCACAGGUUACUGUUUCAAAUAGCGAGCUUGCCUCCCUCAUCAAGGUGAUUAAUUCCAACACUCUCCUCAAUCGCCAACUCCAGGCAAUAUGUGGGACUUUUGGUCUUUCUCGAGGAGGUGUCAAAGCCGAAUUGCGCAACCGGCUUGUCAACUUGGCAAUGGAUGCGUACAAUAAGCAGGACGCGCCUCUCUUUCGGGAGCUACGACAAAGGGUAGAAGAAACCGCGGGCCUUCGCCCUACACAAACGGCAAGCUCCACGAUUCGGCAAUCAGGCUAUCGGGAGCCUCAGACCAUGCAUCAAUAUCAACAGCCGUUUCACAGUCCAUACAUGUCGCGACCGGCGCAGUCGACGGGUUCGUACCCACCGCCAGAGCUUUCAUUCCACCGCAGUCCGUUUUAUGAGAUCAAAAGCCUGAUUGGUGGGGUCAAGCACUGUCCUGUUAUGAGCCAGCAUAGAAAUUCUGUCACUGUCCCCCUUAAGAUCGCCGAUCACCCAGAACUUCGCCAGCACCUCGACGAUAAGAAGUAUCGGGUCAUGGUCUUCUGCGCUGGAGAUAACCACGGAGUCCAGGAUAUCUCCUUCCCGCAUCAAUCGGAGAUAAAGAAGCCUGGCUCUACUCGACCUGUCGACAUCAGCGACCAUUUACGCCUGCUUCCCAAUUAUAUAAAUAACGUGGAAUUGAUUUACGCGUUAACGACCAAGGUGUACUACCUGGCAAUCUACCUAUGCAAAUCGGUUCGAACUGAGGAUCUCGUUGCUCGGAUAAGGACCGGUCAGAAGAUAUCAAAGUCUACUACCCUUCGUGAGAUGGCGGAGAAAUCGAAAGAUACCGAAAUAGAGACAACUUCGCAAGUAAUGUCCCUGAAGUGUCCUCUAUCAUAUAUGCGGCUAGACCUUCCCGUACGAGGACUUGGCUGUUCUCACAUGCAAUGCUUUGAUGCGACAUCAUAUCUACAGCUGCAGGAGCAGGGGCCACAAUGGAUUUGUCCCAUUUGUAGUCGAUCCGUGACUUUCGACCAGUUGGCCGUAGACGAGUAUGUGCUCGAUAUUCUCUCAAGAACACCGAGGGACCUGGAGCAGGUUACCCUCGAGCCGGAUGGUCAAUGGAGAAUUCCUGGUACUGAAGGAUCAACGCCAAGGAAGGGCGUGUCUGCAAGCUUUGACAUUAUUGAGGAUUUGGAGAUAUCCAUUCCCAAUGGCGCGAGGACGAUGAAAAACUCUGCAACCCCAAAUCGGUCAAUUGCCCCGAGUAUUGGGACACCGUCGAUGGUCGAUUCACGGGAGAGCACUGCCCCGCGACCAUCCGGUGGAACGAGCACGAAGCGGCCGGCCCCAGCAGUCAUAGACCUCACAUUGUCUUCUGAUGAUGAAGAUGCGGCACCCCCACCUCAGAAGAGGCAGCAGCUGAGUUUUGGAGGUUUCGGCGACUACCGUUCCAAUGGCCAUUACUAA